AAGAGAAGGGAAAAAAAGUGACGAGGUAGAAUAUAGUGGGAAGAAGAAAGAAGCAUUUUUGGAGCGUAAAGCGAAAAAUGGCGACAAUGUUGUUGUGGGCUUCAAGGGCUGCUUCACAUCUCAGAAUCUCUGUCUUCACCAGACCUUUUGCUUCUGUUGUGAAGGAUUUGAAUUACGCUGACUCCCAUGAGUGGGCAAAAGUGGAGGGGAACUCGGCUACUGUUGGCAUAACUGAUCAUGCUCAAGAUCACUUGGGUGAUGUUGUGUAUGUCGAACUGCCAGAAGUGGGGAAAUCUCUAACCAAGGGCGAAGGUUUUGGCGCCGUCGAAAGUGUCAAGGCGACAAGCGAUGUUUACUCUCCCAUGUCAGGAAAGGUGGUUGAAGUCAAUGAGGAGCUUAACAGCUCGCCUGGUUUGAUCAACUCGAGUCCAUAUGAGAAGGGAUGGAUAAUGAAGCUCGAAGUGAGCAGUGGAGGUGAGGUGAAUGGCUUGAUGGAUGCCGAUCAAUACUCCAAGUUUUGCGAAGAAGAAGAUGGAAAGCAUUGAUUGAUUGAUGCCUGGCCAUCCGGUGUCCCGGGAGUCUUGCCAAUGGUUUGUUUGUCAAUACCAUGGAUCACGCUUAGCAGCGGAAGCCAAAAAUUACACUAUUGUCUUGUUUCUUUCUAGUUUCGUCUGUGUUUUUGUUGCUUCCCAUUGAGGUAUAAAAGUAAGCAGAAUAAGAUCAAGAUUGAUGCUUUCCUUCUAAUUUUUAACCCUUUUUUUU